GCGACAGAAUGGGCACCGGACGAGGAGACCGGAGGUCCUGUCAGAGCAAAGGCAAAACAGAGAUUGAAUGUCAGAACUACAGAGGUCCUGCUAGUGAACAAGACUGAGGUCAUGACCUGCGGAACCAAUGCUUUCCAGCCAUUAUGUAUUAGCAGAGAGGUAGGCAACAUGAGCAGUGUGCUGGAGCGCGUGAAUGGUGUGGCACGCUGCCCAUAUGACCCUCGUCACAACUCCACGGCGGUGGUGACAGAGAGUGGAGAACUUUAUGCUGCCACUGUCAUCGACUUCUCUGGCCGUGACCCGUCAUAUACCGCAGCCUGGGCGGCAUGCCACCUCUCAGGACUGCACAGUACAACUCCAAAUGGCUCAAUG